AUUCUGCGCGUGAAAUAUACGUGAAUAUUCAUAGGGAAAUGUUGUCACUUGAAAUAAGUACGGUAAAAUAGCUGCGACGCUGCCUGGCGAGGGAAAAAAUCGGCAUGUUUAAAGACAAUAGUUUAAACUGAGUGACAAUUAACAAAUUAGCAUUUUUUUUAUUAUUAUUUGGAAUAACCGGACUUAAAGAAAAACGUUUUUUUUCUCCGUUGAAAAGCUUGAUUAUAAUAUAAUUAUCAUUAAAAGUUGUAACACCUGUCGAUAAAUGGAAUUUUUCACACAACUUUGUUUUAUCUAUUCCGGUUCUAUAUAAGGACAUGUUUUGGUUCUUAUCUUUACAAAGUGUAAGUCUCAAACCUUUGGAUCUUUUAAUACGAAUUCGGAUAACAAAGAACUUAGUUAACUUAGUUAAUUUUCAUAGAACGUGAGUUCGAGAAUCACAGAUUGAUAUGAGUUCAAAAAUAGUUGCUCUAUUAAUACUAAUUGCUGUUCAAAAUGUUGAAUUAUUAGAAAAAGAGGAGGACCCGUUUACAAACACCUGGGCAGCUCAUAUUGAAGGGGGACCGGAAGUGGCAAAACGUGUCGCGGAGGAACAUGGAUAUGAAAUAAUCCGCCAGUUGAGAGCAUUUGAAGACCACUACGUAUUAAGACAUAAUGAUGUACCCCACAGAUCUAAACGAAGUGCUGACGAACAUACUGUGAAAUUAGAAAAUGACAACAGGGUAAGUUUUUAUCUCAUCUAACUUUCAGAGCAUGAU